CUGCAUCUCCACUUUCCGCACCGACCUCGAGGUGCCAACGUCAUGCUCUUCUCCACUACGCCUCGAACCAUCCAACAAAGUAUCCAUCUUCAGCAUCAACACUUGAGCAUCUGUCAAAAUGGCUGGUCCUCACGAGUACUCCUAUGGCAAUCAGCAGCAGCAACAGUACCCUAAUCAACAGCAGUAUCCCCCUCCGCAAUACAAUGCGCCGCCUCAAUAUGGAUACUACCCACCAUAUCAAGCCCAACCAGCUCCUUACCGCCGAACUCCACGCCAAAACUUCGCUGUCGUGACUGCGCGACAGCUGAAUAUCGCUGUUCCUGUUGUCAUUAUUAUCUUGAGUAUCUGGUGGUCUCUUAGAUCGCAGAUCUGUCCGAGCGAUGUACCCAUCGGUCAUGAAUGUUCGUGGAUGCUCUGGACGGCUUUGCCUGUAGGCAUUGCGUCUUUGCUUUGGGCGGUCGUGAUGAAUAUCUCUGCCCGUCGCGCCAAUCAUUCCAUGUCUCACGUCCCGGCAAUAGUCAACACCAUCGUGCAGCUCAUCCUUGCGCUCGGUGCAACGGCAUGCUUCGCUAUUCUCAUCUAUCACAUGGAGAACUACUCUGUCUGGAAUCGAAGUCUGGAGGGCUCCAUGAUCGCUCUUCUAGUAAUACUAGCAAUUAUUAACUGGGUUUUGUUUGGAUGGUCGAUUUACGAGAUGAGGUUCUAUCGUAAGGAGAGGCAGAGCGCAAACAGCCAUAUACCCAUUUGAGCGGCUAUCUGAGAAAUCUCCUAUUUUUUUGGGCUGUACGUUUACAGUACAAACAGUUUGCAGUACGCGGUUAAUAUUACUUUACACAUUUUCGCAUAUCACUCUGGCUUUGUCAAAGCUGUCCCUGACUUUCGGC